AGACAAAACACGUAUCUCGCUCUCUGCUGGCCGAUCGCAUUGCAGGAUGAUAUGUUUUUCGAUGUGACGAUGGCAUGCAGCAGAGCAGCAUGGUGCUUGGCCCAAAGGACCUUACCAGAAAGCGAUCAUUUCCAUCUGCAACAUCGAGGCAUGGCCAUGUCGAAGCUUCGUCAGAGGCUCUCACGAGUGAAGGAGAAUAUCCUGUUCACUAUGGAUUACAUGCUGAACAUCUCGUACAUGACGAAAGGCGACGCAGCGUUCAAGAUCCAUCUGACAGCUUUCAAGAACGUCGCAAACAGCUACCUUUCUGCAAGGAAAGCGAAUGACGAGAUCACAGGCGUGGUCUCUCAUCGGCUAAGGAGCUGGGAGGCGCUUGAUGGCUACAGAAACGGAGUCGACGUGUUCAGACAAAGGCUGCAGAAUGAUACGUCGCAAGCGGUCGUAAGGCUGACGCACAUAUACGAUGUGCUGUCGUGGCAGCAAUGUCAGAUGCUCGCUGGGGCGAACCAGGCUUCGUUGAGCUAGUCUAUCUAGGCUUGAUCUCUCUUGAACUGGUAGCUGCCGCUGUGCAAGUCGGGCAUUUGUUGGACUACAUACCAGAAGGACUCGACAGGCGUGUCAGCGCUCACGUCACUAUUCACCUAAGGAGGAUUCUGUCCUCGGACCGCCUCUCCCAUGUCGAGUUACAGCUCGGCUAGGCCUGCCUGCUCUUUGCUUCUACCUCGACAGAACAUUUCAGCAGGCUUCGCAGACCAGAAAUAUUGAGAACAGCGUGGAUGCCUCUCUUCCCAUGACUGAGAACGCCACCCACCAAGCCGAUCUUAC